AUGAGCCGGUCCCUAUAUGUUAUUGGAGACUUUAACACCAAGGUGGGAAAAAAUGAAAAUGAAGAUUUGAGAGAUAUUGUCGGAUCAUUUGGCUUGAUCAUUAGAAACAACAGAGAAGAAGGACUAGGCUUGAGUCCAGAAUAUCUGAGUGCAAGGGGUCUUACUGAGGUGCAUCCUUCAUCUACCUUAGGCAGUACAGAAUUCCCUUUCAGUAUAGAUGGUUCUAGACUCAACAGUCCGCGUCCGGGCAGCAUCCGAGCUUCCAGAAAACGAGCCCUCUCGUCUUCCCCCUAUUCGGAUUCUUUCGAUAUCAAUUCCAUGAUACGAUUUUCCCCGAAUUCCCUAGCCUCCAUCGUCAAUGGAUCCAGGUCGUCGAGUGCAAGUGGCUCCUAUGGCCAUCUAUCGGCGGGAGCCAUCAGCCCGGCAUUGGGGAUGCAUCCCAUGCACCUUCAGCAGCUCCAGGCGCAUUUGAUGCGCAGCUCUGGAUCGCUACUGCCUUUACCUCCGGCUGCUCCACCUCCCCACCCAAUGUAUUCUUUGGGACACCAUCCUCUUCACGUGUCACACAACAUAAAGACUGAUAUAUUAAAUGACAGAAAGAAGUCUGAAACUAGUACAAUAACCCAACUUGAUAUCGAUUCAACGACUUCAAGAAGGCCCAAAGUAAAAAAGGAACCAUCUCCGAACUCUUGUGGACAAGAGGGACAGAGUGAUCCUACUGAUCUCAAAGAUGAACCAGGCGAUUUCAUAGAAACAAAUUGUCACUGGAAAGACUGUUCGACUGAAUUCGGGACACAAGAAGAAUUAGUUAAGCACAUCAACAAUGACCAUAUACAUGCAAAUAAGAAGUCUUUUGUUUGUCGAUGGGAAGGUUGUUCAAGAGCAGAAAAACCAUUCAAAGCUCAAUACAUGUUGGUGGUUCACAUGCGGAGACAUACUGGAGAAAAGCCUCAUAAGUGCACGUUCGAAGGAUGUGCAAAAGCUUACUCAAGACUGGAAAACCUCAAGACUCAUCUUCGAUCCCAUACUGGCGAAAAACCGUAUACUUGCGAAUAUCCUGGAUGUGCCAAGGCGUUUAGCAAUGCUUCGGACAGGGCUAAGCACCAAAACAGAACACAUAGUAAUGAGAAACCGUAUGUGUGUAAAGCGCCAGGUUGCACAAAGCGAUACACGGAUCCCAGUUCCCUGCGAAAACACGUCAAAACUGUUCACGGAGCCGAAUUUUACGCCAGUAAAAAACACAAAGGCUCAGAACAAGGACCCGAUGAUGGCCCCGCUGGUUUAGACUCCAGUCCGAGAAGUGAAGACAUGCAAAGUCAUAAAACGACUAGUCUCAGUAGUCCCAGUAUCAAAUCUGAAUCUGAUGUCAAUUCACCUGGUCAACAACAACAAGGAAGUCCACUUGGAGCUACUCAGCUUGCAGGUCUUGGUGGUUUCAACGAUGAUCUUCCUGGUGAUAUAGGAGGAACAUUAGGUCCUUCCGAUGACAUGCCUUGGACUUACGAUGCAGAGGAUUUGGAAAUUGAUGAACUUCCUGUUGUCUUAAGAGCCAUGGUGGGCAUAGGAAAUGAAAGGGGAGGUGUUGCUCUAGCAGAAAGAACGCCACGAGUGAGAAUGAAACACCUAACAAAAGGAAAACCAACCAGCAUACCUUCAAUGACCGCUCAGAGGAAAAAUAUCGCUGACCUUAAUAGACGAAUUACCGACCUAAAGAUGGAAGGUAACACUACAGGUCCACCUCAGACUAAAACUCAACUGACAGAUAUUCAGCAACGUUUGCAGCCAUCAGGUGGCAACACUCAAGCUCAAAUUCGUAGGGACAGUAACUCUACAGUUAGUUCAUAUUAUGGUAGUAUGCGAAGCGCUGAUAUGAGUCGAAAGAGCAGUCUUGCAUCACAGGCUUCUAGCAUGAGACCAGGACUUGCACCGGGCUCCUUUUAUGAUCCCAUUUCAGCUGGUAGUUCUAGAAGAUCAAGUCAACUAUCGACAACUGCUCCACAAGGAGGUGCCUGCAUUCCACCACCACCGCCUUCGCAUCUUCUUGCUGGACAACUACAGAAGCUACAGAAUUUACCUAAUACUGCUAACAGCGGUAAUUUAGUACUACAGACGCAGAACGUGUCAUUACAACAAGCAGCCAUUCAGCAAACCUGGCUUUCUUCUAACCUUUCCAACAUUGCAUCAACGACGACAAGCACUGAUGCCCGAAGAAUGUCAGAACCUUGUCACACUUUAACGGAUAGAAAGAGUCCGCCACCUCGGCCUGCUUCGGUGUCUUUGUCGCCUCUAAAGGGCACUGUUAAUUCGUCAGAACUUCACCCAAAUCAAGCAGUUAUACUUGACGAAGUAGGAGAAGGAGAAAUGGUUGAAAACAAACUAGUUAUACCUGACGAGAUGGUGAGAUACUUAAAUCAAGUAGCUGAUAAUCAAAACGUUAUGAGUUGGUCAGAUAGUAACCAAAAGCCUUUGGGAAGUCCAUCACAAAUGAUACCAUCACCAUCAAGUUUUACACUACCCUCUCCCCAAAACUUGUCACCCUCUGGUAUCAGUCAGAUUCUGCCCUCUCCGAAUAACUUGAAUCAAAUUAUGCAUUCACCUGCUAAUAACUUGAAUCAGAUGAUGCCAUCUCCACCUACAAAUCAAAUGAAUCAAAUAAUUAAUUCUCCUUCAUCGAACCUAAACCAAAUGAUGCAUUCUCCUUCAUCGAACAUAAACCAAAUGAUGCAUUCACCUGCUGCCACUAACAUUAACCAAAUGAUGCCAUCGCCCGCAGCAAAUAACUUAAACCAAGUUAUGAAUUCACCUGGCCCAAAUAUGAUGAUGCCAUCUCCAUCAGCACCCAACUUAAAUCAAAUGAUGCCGUCGCCAUCCGCAGCUAACUUAAAUCAGAUGAUGCCUUCUCCUUCAACAACAAAUUUAAAUCAGAUGAUGCCCUCUCCUUCGGCUACCAAUUUAAACCAAAUGAUGCCUUCUCCUGCAGCGACAAAUCUAAACCAAAUGAUGCCAUCACCUGCAUCUGCUCGAAAUCAAGUAAUGCACUCGCCAGCAACUAAUAUAACUCCAAUGAUUCAUUCUCCUUCUGGAAAUAAUAUGAAACAAAUGAUGCAUUCCCCGGCAUCUACCAACAUAAAUCAAAUGAUUCCAUCUCCAAAUCCAAAUAUGAAUCAUGCACCUAUGUCGAAUUAUGUACCAAACAACUACAAUAUGCAAAACAAUGGUAUGCAACAAAAUCCAAUGCCUAUGAGGUGUCACUCCCAAAUGAUGAACAUGAACUGUUUCAACCGCCAAGUUACGCAUGGUAAUUGCUAUUCUGUACAACAUUGGGAAGGUUGUAGUUGUCAAAAUAUUGCACAGCAGGACAAUCAUAUGUGUCGUCAAAUGAAUGUUCAAAAUAGCUACAUGGGUAAUAAUUCAAAUCAUUACUGUAAUAAUCAUUAUGGUCAAAAUCAUCAGAACCAUUACAACUGUAAUAAUUAUCAAACAGGUUAUAAUUGCAUGCCAAAUAUGUCCGAACCUAUGGCUUCACCAGCGAUAGCUACACCUGCACCCACUGAAAUAAUGAGCCCACCUCAACAAGCGCAAAUGACGAGACCUUGCUCACAUUAUACGCAAAACUGUUAUCCCGGUUCUCAAUAUUCUAAUCAAUGCAUUCCUAACCAACAUAAUAGUUGUAACUGCAAAAAACCGGGUUAUAACCAAUGUUGUAACCAGCAAAAUAGUGAGAUACAAUGCAAUGACGUUAGCCAAUCGCAAAUGUCACCGGGUGUUCCAAAUAACGGUGUAAAUAAUGGUACAAAUAAUGGUACAACUGUCACGUUAGGUAUGCGACAGGAUGCUUACCUGAGAACCUUAGAAUACGUACAGAAUUGUCAAUCAUGGGUUAAUAACUCAGAGACUGUUAGCAGUAGUACUCACCCUUUAAAAGUUGGUGAGAAGCCUAGUUCAAACAUGGUAGUUAAUGAUAUGACCUCAUCUCUUAGCUCUCUGUUAGAGGAAAAUAGGUUUUUACAAAUGAUUCAAUAGUUUUUAAGAUUUAAGUAAUAUAUUUUGGAAUGUGAAUACAAAAAUAUGUAUAUAAAUGUGCGCUUAAAUGAGAUGGGUUUAAAAAUGUUGAAAUUUUUUUGUACUCACAUUCUUGAUUGCUUUAAGAAAUGUUUGUAAUUGGUUUGUCUGAAAUAAAUAUUUUUGAAAUCCAUUAUAAUUUUCAACCGAAUAGAUUACGGUAAUAAGAAUAGUUAGGUAGGUAUCUAUAGAAAAACACCAUCAGAAUUUUAGUGGUCUAUUACAUAUUAAUAUUUAUCUACAUAUUAAUAUUUUAUUAUUUACCUAUAUACCUACUGUAUAGUGUAGAUUAUUAUAUACCUACUGUUCAUGUCUCAACCUCUUAGUUCUUGUCAGAGUUCUUGAAGGUCUAGUAUUAAUCAAACUAAUAGUGAUUCAAACUAAUAUUGUAUAAUAAUUGUUUAGCUCUUUCAAUAGUUUUUUUUUUUAUAAUAGGUAUAGGUAUAAUGCAUCUACCAUCUUUAGUAUUACAAAAUGUGUGCUAUUAUGACAAAUCGAUCUCUCUCCUAUACUGUUUUUGCAGUAUAUUGUUUAGUACAUUGGUAUAACCUCUAGAAUAACAUCUAUAGCCAAAAACUUUUUCCGUAAAUCUCUGUUUUUUUAUAGAACUUAAAUGACUAUAUUUUUAUUCGAGUCACAUAACCUACAUUAGUAAGUUUUCUGUAGAUAGUAUGCGAAGAGGAUUUGGUAUUUGUAAUCUCUUGACUCACCUGUUCGAUCCUCAUUUGAACUCCAUUGUCAGAAGCUUUUGUUUAAACAAAAGUUUUGUUUUGUUAAAACUUUUGUACCUAUAAGAAAUUAUGUUUUUAUUUGGUAUAUACACUGUCGGAACUCGAAGAAAUGAACAUCUAGUUUUUAACGUAACAAACAGAGAGGUGGCAAAUGCGAUACGUUAAGUUACAUACGACAGGGGUAUACGCUAAAACCAAUAGAGUUUAGUUUAGAGAUUAACAGGUAAGGUCGCCUGAAAGUCCCUUAGAAUAAACAAAGAAAACGUUUCUUUUGAAUGAGAUAUUUAAAAUUAAAAAUCACACUUAAUGUUCUCUUUGUUUUCACCCCUGUAACUUAAUAAAUUAAACAUUAUAGAAGUUUUCGUACUUUCGGCCCUCGGUGAUAAAGUAAUCUUUGCUCGAAAUUUUGCGCCUACGCUCUUAAGUCUUGUGAUCUUGCAAAACUAACAAUAAUGGAAACAGUGUGCUUUCACUCAGCUGACCAACUAUAUAUGUUUUCUCACGCUUCAACCUACAUAUCUCUAGCGAUGUUUUUUGACCACCUGGUAGGUUUAAAGCCCUAAUAAAAUGACCUGUCCCUCUAAAAAUAUAUUUUUUUAAUUAUCAGUAUUCAACACAUUGGUUGAGAUUGUUGAACAAUCAAAUUAUCGAAUCGAAUUGAAUUGGAUAGGUACGUUUUUUCGAAAUUAACAAAAUUGUAAUUUAAUUAGAUAAUAAUAAUUCAAUUUAGAAAAAGACUGGUCAAAUUUUAAACCAUCUAUCGUCUAUCGAUAUUUGUAUUUUAAUAAACACUAAAAAAUACUAAAAAUUAGAAGUUCAAAUAUAUAAAAAACAUGCUUUAAUACUCAGUCACUCUUCAAUUUUUUAUUUAGACAUUGCUUUAAAACAUUUUUCACACUGUUUAAAAACCCACUCAAAAUGUUCUAGAGAGACAAAUGGAAUAUUCGCAGCGUAGAGAGAUAAAAUCUGAUAUGUUCUUUUCUAGGAUUCCCAACCCUGUAUAUAGCGAUUUGAAAUAUGUACUUCAGCCAUUUACGUUUAUCCACCUUUUAUCUUUAUUUCUAGAUCAUUUUCCUCUUUGACUACAGCAUUCAAUACUUGUUAACGACUGAGUGACAUAGAUGUCUAUAGAUUUUUAAAAAAUAUUUUCUGAAUAUUUACUGACGUGCUAGUGUAUUUUUCUCAUUGUUUAUAGGUACAAAUAUUACAUUUUUGUUCACAGCCUCUUUGAGAUGUAUGUGUAUAUUUCAGUAAUAUGGUUGGAAUAAUAAACUCUUGGUCGAAAAUGUAAUUUUAUGACAAACCAAUGAAUGUAUAUAACUUCUUAAGGUGUCAGUAGGCUGUACAAAUAUUGUAUGAAAUGUAUAUUGUGAUAUGUAAAUUAAAUUUUGCAAUAUUAAUUUUUAUAAAGGCUUUAAAGUUUUGUGAAUAUCUGAAGUGUAAGUUUAAGAAUUAUAUUUUAUGUUUUUGUAUUAUUUAUAUCGUGUAAAGGGGUCGAAUGAUCUCAAUAUUUUUUGUAAGGCCACAUACUGCCAUAUUUGUACAUCUUAUAUAUGAAUAUUGUUUAAUAUUUUUUGUAAAUAAAUACUUUUAUGUUAUAUUUUGUAAUUGCAAAGGAGAUAUAUUUAAUAAAGACUAUGCUU